UGUUUGGCAGGUGGACGAACUUUUCCGGUUGGGUUUUUUUGUUCAAUUUGUUUCUCAGGGAUGUUUCCUAGAGUCUCGGCCCUCCUACCACUUCGCCCCCUUUCCCGCCACCCUUUGUUGUCCGGAAGCCCGGAGACAUCGGCGGCUGCGCUUCUGCUACUCGCUGCUCCGCACGGAACGGUCAGGACAAAAAAUAAUAUCCAAAGAUAUUUUGGCACUAACAGCGUGAUCUGUAGCAAGAAAGAUGAGCAGUCUGUUCCAACUGGUGAGAUUUCCAAGGAGACUUCAAAGAGCCAAGACAAUGUAAAGGAAAGUAGGAAAAAAGACUUGUUAGAUAUUAUUAAGGGCAUGAAAGUUGAAUUAAGCACAGUAAAUGUACAAACAACAAAGCCACCCAACAGAAGACCACUUAAAAGUUUGGAACCUACACUUGGCAGGCUUCAAAAAACUACGGAAGAUGCUCCAAAGAAGAGAAGUGAGCCCCUGAGUCCUGAGUUGGUGGCUGCUGCAUCUGCUGUUGCAGAUUCUCUCCCUUUCGACAAGCAGACGACCAAGUCAGAACUGCUCAGGCAGCUCCGGAAGCACGAGGAAGACUCAAAGGCACAGAAAGAUGGGGAGAGACCUAAAAUUAGCGUUGGUAACAUAAUAUCAAAUAUGAAAGUUGCCAGAUCUACAGCCAGAGUAGGAACAAGACCAGAGCAUCAGAUUAAGUUUGAUGAAGGAUUUGACAAUUAUGUUAGCCGGGAGAAGACUGCUGAGCUUAGAAGAAGUCCUAGGAAAGAUUUAUUCAAGGGGAGGCGACUUGAUAUUUUUGACAUUAAGGCAGUUACUGAAGAAGCAACUGAAACAGACACUUCACCUUCACUUUGGGAUGUGGAAUUUGCCAAACGGUUAGCCACAGUAGACGAACAGCCCUUUCAGAAUGGGUUUGAAGAGAUGAUCCAGUGGACUAAAGAGGGUAAACUGUGGGAGUUCCCUAUUGACAAUGAAGCAGGUUUUGAUGAUGAUGGUUCAGAAUUUCAUGAACAUAUAUUUCUGGAUAAAUACCUGGAGGGUUUUCCAAAGCAAGGACCAAUUCGCCACUUCAUGGAGCUGGUGACAUGUGGCCUUUCCAAAAACCCAUAUCUGAGUGUUAAACAAAAGGUUGAACACAUAGAGUGGUUUAGAAAUUAUUUUAAUGAAAAAAGGGACAUUCUAAAAGAAAGCAACAUACAGUUCAAUUAAGACCAUGGAAAUUUUUAUUUCAAACUGUUAGAGAUGGAUGUUACAACAAAAUAAAAUAAUUUUACUA